UUCAUCACAAAAUGGGCAACGACGGAACUGUGAGGCCUCUUGAAACGAAGGCAAUUUUAGCUCGGAUACGAUGCCUCCAAGAAUGCAUCGAAAGUAUCAGGAACUCCACGCCACUUCCAAAGUCCCUGUGCUACGUUCCAGGCGAAGUUCAGUUCAAGAUCCACCCAAGUUUUGUCGCCAGAGCGGCGCGAGCAAGUAGCGGGGCCCGUGGCGGGCGAUCACCGCCCAAGUCACCGCGGGUGAAGUUGACUGUGUACGCCAAGCCUAGCAAAGACUGUCCAGCCGACCAACAACGACAUGUCUACUGCAGUAAAUCAGCCAAAAUUGUUGGAAGUGGGGAAGAAAUGUGCAACAAUUUUGGCAGCUGGAUAAGACUGAGUUUACAAAGCUGCUCAGAUAAAUUUAAUGUAUUUGAUGGCAAGGCAGGUUGGCUUUUACGUUAUGACAGUAAAUCCAGUCAAGAUGAUCCCCCUCUUCUGAUUCCAAUCACUGAAGAAGAAGCAAGUGAACAGAGACAAAUGGUCUUUGGGAAACAACAGAAGGUCAUCACAAAUUGGCUUGAUGUUGUAGAGGAGACACUCAUGCUGAAGAUUGGAGCAAUGCGCAAAAUUUCCCCACCAGACGAGGUCGCUGUUGGAGCUCUACAGUCUGUGCCCCCAAACUGGAGUCUGGAGUGUGACGAGGAGCUAGCCAAGUUCUUGUUUGAGCAGACUGUGCAUGUUGACGAAAUGUUGGGAAAUGCAAAGCAGUAUGUUGAUUCUGUGGAGGUGUCUUCUGCAGCGGAUGAGGAUGAAGAUGCAAGAUGCUUGACAGAUGGAGAUGAAGAAACUUACUGGACUAGCGAUGGUACAACAGGACAACAUUGGAUCCGACUCUACAUGAAGAGAGGAACAAUCAUCUCGAAGUUUUAUAUCACUGUGGAUAAAGAAGAUGAUAACUACAUGCCUGGCCAUAUCAUUGUAAUGGGAGGACCUCUAGAAAAUCUCAAGAAAUUGAAUGAUGUCAACAUUGACUUUGAUUAUAGCGGGGACGUUUGCAUCUUGGAGCAAAUGAGUCAACAUUAUCCUCUCAUUGAAAUUCGGAUUAAGUCUUGUCAAGAUGAAGGAAUUGAUUGUAGGAUUCAUGGCAUUAAGAUCAAAUCCACCAUGGAGUGUCACCUAGGAUUGAACAAAGAUGUCUUCACAGAUAAUGAGCUUGUCAGGUACCCUCGACUUGAAAAUGUUGACAAGGACUGUCUGUAUCGUCGGGCAUUGGCUCUUCAACGUUUCAUGACUCUCUUAGAUGGAGUAAUACAUUUCAUUGUCCCAGCCUGGGAGCAUACAGUGGGUUCGUUUUCAUCUUUGGAGGUGGUUCGUCAACUCUUGCCUCUUUCCAAGAAGAGGAACGCUCUCAUCAUGCAUUUCUUGAAGUCAUCUGAGAGUAGUCCUCCUCAGUCAAUUCCAAAGCUGUGUAUCAAUCGUAGGAGUGCAUCUGAUCAUAGAAGUGACCCUUCUAAAGAUCCAACCUGCAAGAAUGCCAUCUUCACACAGAUAUACGAAGGCUUGAAACCUAAGGAUCGUGGUGAGAAAGUGCUGGACUACAGAUGGUCUGACAACUACAGUCAGUGGUGGGAGUGCAAGUUUCUGUCAGAAGGAAUUAUUGAUCAAGGUGGUGGAUUUCGGGAUAGUUUGGCAGAUAUCGCCGAGGAGCUCUGCCCAGUCGGUGGUGAACAACCCGUUCCAUUGCCAUUCUUCAUUAGAACUCUCAACCAGCGUCUUGACAACUCUAACGUUUACCGUGACAUGUAUGUACCCAACCCUUCAUGUAAGCUGUUUGCCAAAUAUGAGUGGAUUGGAAUGCUGAUGGGGGCGUGUCUACGUAGCAAGGAACAUCUUGUUUUAGCUUUGCCAUCGUUCAUUUGGAAGCUUCUUGCUGGUGAGAGGGUGACUUGGAACAAAGAUUUCAAAACAGUUGAUGAAGCUGCUGUCAAGCUUUUGGAGUCCUUCCAGCGGAUGGACAAGGAGACCUACGAAAUCAACUUUGCCAGUGAGCUGACUUUCACCACUGUACUGAGUGACCAAUCAGAGGUAGAGCUGGUUAGCAAGGGGUCAGAGGUCAAGGUGACCUACAAGGACAGGUUGGAGUACUGCCAAUUGGUGCAAGCUGCUAGGAUGGACGAAUGCAAAGAACAGGUUGAGGCCAUGCGUCAAGGUUUGCUGCGUGUAGUUCCACAGGCUGUCCUAGACCUCUUGACCUGGCAGGAAUUGGAGAAAAAGAUCUGUGGUGACCCUGAGAUCAGUGUAGCAGCUCUACGAAAGACGACGUUCUUUGAGGAUCUUGGACAGUCUGACUCCAGGGUCAAGUAUUUAUGGGACGCACUGACUAACUUCACCAAUGAAGACAGAAGUCGAUUCUUGCGGUUUGUGACAGGAAGACGUCGCCUUCCUACACCACUCUACAUUUGUCCCGGCAGAGGUGAGAACACAGAUUCCUUGCCAGAAUCGUCCACCUGUUCCAACACGCUCUUCCUGCCCAAUUACUCAAGUGCCAAGGUGGCAGAGGAGAAACUGAGAUAUGCUGCCUACAACUGUGUGGCCAUCGACACGGACAUGAGCCCCUGGGAUGAAUAAACCUCCUCAUUCUUGACACAUUGUUGGCGUUUCUGUGUCUCACAGAUGUCAGUUUAAUAUUUGGGUUUGCUCUUUGUAUUUAACAUUGACAGAACGAGAUUGUUUGGUUAUAGUUGUUAUAUUGCAGUGAUAAGGUGUAAUGGGGGAAAUUUCACAUAUUUGACGUUUGAGCACAGUAUGACAUUAGACAUUAAACAUAAAAAAUACAAGACUAGGCUAAAUGAUUUCUCUAUCUGCUCCCAGCGGAAACAAGGGGGCAUGUUUCUACAUGGAAAAGACAGUCCUUUAGUGGGAACUCGUUUGUGUUUAGGUUUAUGAGCGUUUGGUACAGGGUGCGUUGAGUACACACAACUGAUGAUGUUUGAAUGUGUAGCCUUUGAUUGUGCGCUGGCCACAUGCAUGAGCUCAGGUGGAAAACUUCCCACCAGCCUGUCCCUCCUUUGCCUGUGAGGGCGCACUUCAACUCGGGGUGGAUAUGAUCGUCUCAGCCAAGCUGGCAGUAAAUAAGGCAAACAUGUUGUAUAUUCUUCCACUUGGCCAGCGUGGUACAGCAUAUGGUCCAGUCUGAAGGUGCAGUUUUUCUCAAUAACUUGGUGUAUAAGUUUCAAGGUAAUUACAACUGAUUUUAAAAGUCUUCAGAAACUGAUUAAGAAGCAGAUCUGUUGAAGCGCACAAACACUGCAAAUGAUAUUUGACAGCUACUUGCAGGACAAUGUGCAUAUUUAGUAUUACAUGAACAGUGGUAAAGACAGAUGUUACCACCUGUAAUGUUGCAAUGCACCUGUUGCAAAACCUGGGCCAAGUGCCCAGAGAUGGUAUGUGCAUUAACAUUUGUUAAGGAAAUAAAAUGCAUGCGAAGUCAAAUGGUAAUCAGGCAAAGUACCAUAAGAAGUACAUGACUUGAGAAUCUAUCUCUUCUCCUUCUUGCUUAACUCAAGAAUUUACCCCAGCAGUGUUUUUUUCUUAGCAGCUCCAUGAGUGUGGGCCUAUUAGAUUCAAGCAAAGAAAAAUGACUCUGAAGGAAUUCACACUCGCUCUUAAUUGCAUGAUGAUUUUAUACGAAGCAAUAUUUAGAGGCAGAAAACAUUUUCAUGUUAAAAAAUCAAACUAAACGUUGCUGAUUAAGGAAAGCAGUUGCGCAUGUACGUGUGUAUCGCUACUGUAUUUCAAAGGAAUAUUAGAAAUAAAUUGUACAAAACAGUAACAAAAAGUGAA